AUGGAAAUGAAUCUCCCUGCUUUUGCCAGUGAUCUAAUUUUAAUUAAAAAUGCUCUGUAUCAAGAGACUGAUGGCCGAUAUAAAGGAAAAGUUGUAAGUGAAGCGGAAACUAAGGGGUAUUUCUCACAGCCAUUUGGAGAGGCAAACUAUGCAAGAGGCACCAGGUUCUCUCUUUCUGGUGACGGACCAACUUCUCAGCCGAACAGCUCCAAGCAAACUACUGUCCUGUCUUGGCAGGCUGCGAUCGAUGCUGCGAGACAGGCCAAGGCUGCCCAAGCUAUGAGCACCUCCGCACCCCCACCUGUCGGAUCUCUCUCCCAAAGAAAACGUCAGCAAUACACCAAGGGCAAGAAACAGGGUAACUCGUCCAACAGCCGGCCUGCCCGCGCCCUCUUCUGCUUAUCACUCAAUAACCCCAUCCGAAGAGCCUGCAUUAGUAUAGUGGAAUGGAAACCAUUUGACAUAUUUAUAUUAUUGGCUAUUUUUGCCAAUUGUGUGGCCUUAGCUAUUUACAUCCCAUUCCCUGAAGAUGAUUCGAAUUCAACAAAUCAUAACUUGGAAAAAGUAGAAUAUGCCUUCCUGAUUAUUUUUACAAUCGAGACAUUUUUGAAGAUUAUAGCUUAUGGAUUAUUGCUACAUCCUAAUGCUUAUGUUAGGAAUGGAUGGAAUUUACUGGAUUUUGUUAUAGUAAUAGUAGGAUUGUUUAGUGUAAUUUUGGAACAAUUAACCAAAGAAACAGAAGGCGGUAACCACUCUGGUGGCAAGUCAGGAGGCUUCGAUGUCAAAGCCCUCCGCGCCUUUCGAGUGUUACGGCCGCUUCGACUAGUAUCAGGAGUGCCCAGUUUACAAGUUGUCCUGAACUCCAUUAUAAAAGCCAUGGUUCCCCUCCUUCACAUAGCCCUUUUGGUAUUAUUUGUAAUCAUAAUCUAUGCUAUUAUAGGAUUGGAACUUUUUAUUGGAAAAAUGCACAAAACAUGUUUUUUUGCUGACUCAGAUAUCGUAGCCGAAGAGGACCCAGCGCCGUGUGCGUUCUCAGGGAAUGGACGCCAGUGUAUCGUUAACGGCACGGAGUGUAGGAGCGGCUGGGUUGGCCCCAACGGAGGCAUCACCAACUUCGAUAACUUUGCCUUUGCUAUGCUCACCGUGUUCCAGUGCAUCACCAUGGAGGGCUGGACAGACGUGCUCUAUUGGGUAAAUGAUGCGAUAGGAUGGGAAUGGCCAUGGGUGUAUUUUGUUAGUCUGAUAAUCCUUGGCUCAUUUUUCGUCCUUAACCUGGUUCUUGGUGUCCUUAGUGGAGAAUUCUCAAAAGAAAGGGAGAAGGCGAAAGCUCGGGGUGAUUUCCAGAAACUGCGGGAGAAGCAGCAGCUGGAAGAGGACCUGAAGGGCUACUUGGACUGGAUCACCCAAGCGGAAGACAUUGAUCCAGAGAAUGAGGAGGAAGGAGGAGAGGAGAGCAAACGAAAUACCAGCAUGCCCACCAGCGAGACGGAAUCUGUGAACACAGAGAACGUAAGUGGCGAAGGCGAGAACCUCGGCUGCUGGGGAACUCUCUGUCAAGCCAUCUCAAAAUCCAAGCUCAGCCGCCGCUGGCGUCGCUGGAACCGGUUCAGUCGCCGAAGAUGUAGGGCCGCCGUGAAGUCUGUCACGUUUUACUGGCUGGUUAUUCUCCUGGUGUUUCUCAACACCCUAACCAUUUCCUCCGAGCACUACAACCAGCCUGACUGGCUGACGCAGGUCCAAGAUAUCGCCAACAAGGUCCUCCUGGCGCUGUUCACCUGCGAGAUGCUGGUGAAGAUGUACAGCCUGGGCCUCCAGGCGUACUUCGUCUCCCUCUUCAACCGCUUUGAUUGCUUCGUGGUGUGCGGGGGCAUCACGGAGACCAUCCUGGUGGAGCUGGAGAUCAUGUCCCCCCUGGGCAUCUCUGUGUUCCGCUGUGUGCGCCUCCUACGGAUUUUCAAAGUGACCAGGCACUGGACGUCCCUGAGCAACCUGGUGGCGUCUUUGCUAAACUCCAUGAAGUCCAUCGCCUCGCUGCUGCUCCUGCUCUUCCUCUUCAUCAUCAUCUUCUCGUUGCUCGGGAUGCAGCUGUUUGGAGGCAAGUUCAAUUUUGACGAGUCUCAAACCAAGAGGAGCACCUUCGACAACUUCCCUCAGGCGCUUCUUACGGUGUUCCAGAUUCUGACAGGUGAAGACUGGAAUGCUGUGAUGUACGACGGCAUCAUGGCGUACGGGGGCCCGUCCUCUUCGGGGAUGAUCGUCUGCAUCUACUUCAUCAUCCUCUUCAUCUGUGGGAACUAUAUUCUACUGAAUGUCUUCUUGGCCAUCGCUGUAGACAAUUUGGCUGAUGCUGAAAGUUUGAAUACUGCUCAGAAAGAGGAAGCUGAAGAAAAGGAAAGGAAAAAGAUUGCCAGAAAAGAAAGCUUGGAAAAUAAAAAGAACCACAAGCCGGAAGUCAAUCAGAUAGCCAACAGUGACAACAAGGUCACAAUUGACCAGUACCAAGAAGAGGAUGAGGACAAGGACCCCUACCCACCCUGCGACGUGCCAGUAGGGGAAGAGGAAGAGGAGGAGGAGGAGGAGGAGGAUGAGCCUGAGGUCCCGGCUGGCCCCCGUCCUCGCAGAAUCUCUGAGUUGAACAUGAAAGAGAAGAUCGUCCCCAUUCCUGAAGGGAGCGCUUUCUUCAUUCUUAGCAAGACCAACCCCAUCCGCGUGGGCUGCCACAAGCUCAUCAACCAUCACGUCUUCACCAACCUCAUCCUUGUCUUCAUCAUGCUGAGCAGCGCGUCCCUGGCCGCCGAGGACCCCAUCCGCAGCCACUCCUUCAGGAACACCAUACUGGGUUACUUUGACUAUGCUUUCACAGCCAUCUUUACGGUUGAAAUCCUGUUAAAGAUGACGACCUUUGGAGCUUUCCUCCACAAAGGGGCCUUCUGCCGGAACUACUUCAACCUGCUGGACAUGCUGGUCGUCGGGGUGUCCCUGGUGUCCUUUGGGAUCCAAUCCAGCGCCAUCUCCGUGGUGAAGAUUCUCAGGGUCUUAAGGGUCCUGAGGCCGCUCAGGGCCAUCAACAGAGCAAAAGGACUUAAGCACGUUGUUCAGUGCGUUUUUGUGGCCAUCCGGACGAUCGGCAACAUCAUGAUCGUCACCACCCUCCUGCAGUUCAUGUUUGCCUGCAUCGGGGUCCAGUUGUUCAAGGGAAAGUUCUACCGCUGCACAGAUGAAGCCAAAAGUAACCCCGAGGAAUGCAGGGGGCUAUUCAUCCUCUACAAGGACGGCGAGGUGGAUAACCCUGUGGUCCGUGAGAGGAUCUGGCAAAACAGCGAUUUCAAUUUCGACAAUGUCCUUUCUGCUAUGAUGGCGCUGUUCACGGUCUCCACAUUCGAGGGCUGGCCUGAGUUGCUGUACAAAGCCAUCGACUCGAACGGAGAGAACGUGGGCCCGAUCUACAACUACCGCGUGGAGAUCUCCAUCUUCUUCAUCAUCUACAUCAUCAUCGUCGCUUUCUUCAUGAUGAACAUCUUCGUGGGUUUCGUCAUUGUCACAUUCCAGGAGCAGGGAGAGAAAGAGUAUAAGAACUGUGAGCUGGACAAAAAUCAGCGUCAGUGUGUGGAAUACGCCUUGAAAGCACGCCCCGUGCGGAGAUACAUCCCCAAAAACCCCUACCAGUACAAGUUCUGGUACGUGGUGAACUCCUCGCCUUUCGAAUACAUGAUGUUUGUCCUCAUCAUGCUCAACACACUCUGCUUGGCCAUGCAGCACUAUGAGCAGUCCAAGAUGUUUAAUGACGCCAUGGACAUUCUGAACAUGGUCUUCACUGGGGUGUUCACUGUCGAGAUGGUUUUGAAGGUCAUUGCGUUUAAGCCUAAGGGGUAUUUUAGUGACGCCUGGAAUACGUUUGACUCCCUCAUCGUAAUCGGCAGCAUUAUAGACGUGGCCCUCAGCGAAGCCGACAACUCUGAAGAGAGCAAUAGAAUCUCCAUCACCUUUUUCCGUCUUUUCCGAGUGAUGCGAUUGGUGAAGCUUCUCAGCAGGGGGGAAGGCAUUCGGACACUGCUGUGGACCUUCAUUAAGUCCUUUCAGGCGCUCCCGUAUGUCGCCCUCCUCAUAGCCAUGCUGUUCUUCAUCUACGCGGUCAUCGGCAUGCAGAUGUUUGGGAAAGUUGCCAUGAGAGACAACAACCAGAUCAACAGGAACAACAAUUUCCAGACCUUUCCCCAGGCGGUGCUGCUGCUGUUCAGGUGUGCGACGGGCGAGGCCUGGCAGGAGAUCAUGCUGGCCUGCCUGCCGGGGAAGCUCUGUGACCCCGAGUCCGAUUACAGCCCCGGGGAGGAGUACUCAUGUGGGAGCAACUUCGCCAUCGUGUACUUCAUCAGCUUCUACAUGCUCUGUGCGUUCCUGAUCAUCAACCUGUUCGUGGCCGUCAUCAUGGAUAAUUUCGAUUAUCUGACCCGGGACUGGUCUAUUCUGGGACCUCACCACUUAGACGAAUUCAAAAGAAUAUGGUCGGAAUACGACCCCGAGGCCAAGGGGAGGAUCAAGCACCUGGACGUGGUCACCCUGCUUCGCCGCAUCCAGCCGCCCCUGGGGUUCGGGAAGCUGUGCCCACACAGAGUGGCCUGUAAGAGACUAGUUGCCAUGAACAUGCCUCUCAACAGUGACGGGACAGUCAUGUUUAACGCAACCCUGUUUGCUCUGGUUCGAACCGCUCUUAAGAUCAAGACGGAAGGGAACCUGGAACAGGCUAAUGAAGAGCUUCGAGCUGUGAUAAAGAAAAUCUGGAAGAAAACCAGCAUGAAGCUACUUGACCAAGUUGUCCCUCCAGCUGGUGAUGAUGAGGUAACCGUGGGGAAGUUCUAUGCCACUUUCCUGAUACAGGACUACUUUAGGAAAUUCAAGAAACGGAAAGAACAAGGACUGGUGGGAAAGUACCCUGCGAAGAACACCACAAUUGCCCUACAGGCGGGGCUGAGGACGCUGCACGACAUCGGGCCGGAGAUCCGGCGGGCUAUCUCGUGCGAUCUGCAGGACGAUGAGCCCGAGGACACGAAGGGAGAAGAGGAAGAUGUAAUCAAAAGAAAUGGUGCCCUGCUUGGAAACCAUGUCAAUCAUGUUAAUAGUGAUAGGAGGGAUUCCCUUCAGCAGACCAAUACCACCCACCGUCCCCUGCAUGUCCAAAGGCCUUCAGUUCCACCUGCAAGUGAUACUGAGAAACCGCUGUUUCCUCCAGCAGGAAAUUCGGUGUGUCAUAACCAUCAUAACCAUAAUUCCAUAGGGAAGCAAGCUCCCAGCUCAACCAAUGCCAAUCUCAAUAAUGCCAAUAUGUCCCAAGCUGCCCCCGGAAAGCAGCCCAGCACCGGGAGCCUUGAGCAUGUGUCUGAGAACGGGCAUGAUUCCUCCCACAAGCACGAGCAUGAGCCUCUGAGAAGGUCCAGUCGGAAAAGAGCCCGCUAUUAUGAAGCUUACAUUAGGUCCGACUCGGGAGACGAGCAGUUCCCCACUAUCUGCCGGGAGGACCCAGAGAUCCCGGGCUACUACAGGGACCCCCGCUGCCUGGGGGAGCCCGAGUACUUCAGCGGGGAGGAGGACUACGAGGAGGACAGCUCGCCCGCCUCCAGCAGGCAGAACUACAGCUACUACAGCCGGCGCCCGGGCAGCAGCCUGGAUUUCGAGCGGCCCCGGGGCUACCACCACCCCCACGGCUUCCUGGAAGACAACGACUCGCCCAUUUGCUAUGAUUCCCACAGAUCUCCACGGAGACGCCUACUACCUCCCACCCCGACAGCGCAUCGGAGAUCCUCCUUCAACUUCGAGUGCCUGCGCCGGCAGAGCAGCCAGGAGGAGGUCCCGCCGUCCCCCACCUUCCCCCACCGCACGGCCCUGCCUCUGCACCUGAUGCAGCAACAGGUCAUGGCAGUUGCGGGCCUGGAUCCAAGCCGAGCCCAGAAGUACUCGCCGAGCCACUCCACCCGGUCGUGGGCCACCCCUCCGGCCACCCCUCCGUACCGGGACUGGGCGCCGUGCUACACCCCCCUGAUCCAGGUGGAGCCCUCGGAGGCCCUGGACCAGGUCAACGGCAGCCUGCCCUCCCUGCACCGCAGCUCCUGGUACACGGACGAGCCCGGGAUCUCCUACCGCACCUUCACACCAGCCAGCUUGACCGUCCCCAGCUGCUUCCACAGCAAAAACAGCGACAAGCAGAGGAGCGCGGACAGCCUGGUGGAGGCAGUCCUGAUAUCCGAAGGCUUAGGGCGGUACGCGAGGGACCCGAAAUUUGUGUCGGCGACAAAGCACGAAAUUGCCGACGCCUGUGACCUCACCAUCGACGAGAUGGAGAGCGCGGCCAGCCACCUGCUGAACGGGACGGUGCACCCCGGGGCCAACGGGGACGUGAGCCCCGACUCGAGCCGGCAGGACUACGAGCUCCAGGACUUCGGGCCAGGUUACAGCGACGAGGAGCCAGACCUGGGGAGGGAGGAGGAGGACCUGGCGGAUGAGAUGAUCUGCAUCACCACCCUGUAG